AUGGCCGAGAAGCUUGGACCUGCCGGGUUCAAGCCCGCCAACAUCCUACCCCUUCCUUCCGUGCCGCCGGAACCCAUCGACAUCAUCCGCACCAAAGCCCGUUCCCGCCGAGUCCGUCUGAAUGUCGGCGGUUUAAACCACGAAGUCCUGUGGCGAACUCUGGAUCGGCUACCGAGGACCCGCCUCGGGAAGCUACGGGACUGCAACACGCACGAGUCUCUGAUGGAGGUGUGCGACGACUACAGCCUGAAUGAGAACGAGUACUUCUUUGACCGCCACCCGGGAGCUUUCACCUCUAUCCUGAAUUUUUACCGCACUGGCAAGCUGCACAUGAUGGAGGAGAUGUGCGCCCUUUCAUUCGGCCAGGAGUUAGACUUCUGGGGAAUCGAUGAGAUCUAUCUGGAGUCCUGCUGCCAGGCCCGGUACCACCAGAAAAAGGAGCAAAUGAACGAGGAACUGCGCAGGGAGGCGGAGACCAUGAGGGAACGCGAGGGGGACAGUGAGUUCGACAACACUUGCUGUCCGGAGAAGAGGAAGAAACUGUGGGAUCUUCUAGAGAAGCCUGGUUCUUCUGUGGCUGCCAAGAUUCUAGCAAUCAUAUCCAUCCUGUUCAUCGUUCUCUCCACCAUCGCACUUUCCCUCAACACCUUACCAGAGCUCCAGGAGGUAGAUGAAAAUGGCCAUGCCAAUGACAACCCUCAGCUUGCCCACGUGGAAGCAGUUUGCAUCGCCUGGUUCACCAUGGAAUACCUGCUGCGCUUCCUCUCCUCGCCCAACAAGUGGAAGUUCUUCAAGGGACCACUAAAUGUGAUCGACCUGCUGGCCAUCCUGCCCUACUACGUCACCAUUUUCCUGACCGAGUCCAACAAGAGUGUGCUAAAGUUCCAGAAUGUGCGGCGCGUGGUGCAGAUAUUCCGUAUCAUGAGGAUACUGAGGAUCCUCAAGUUAGCUAGGCACUCCACGGGGCUACAGUCUUUGGGAUUCACAUUGAGACGGAGCUACAACGAGCUAGGGUUACUCAUUUUGUUCCUCGCCAUGGGCAUCAUGAUCUUCUCCAGCUUGGUCUUCUUUGCCGAGAAGGAUGUAGACGCCACCAAGUUCACCAGUAUCCCCGCCUCGUUCUGGUGGGCUACUAUUACCAUGACCACGGUGGGUUACGGGGACAUUUACCCACAGACGUUACCCGGAAAGAUCGUCGGAGGGCUCUGUUGCAUCGCAGGGGUGCUGGUCAUCGCCCUACCCAUUCCUAUCAUUGUGAACAACUUCUCCGAAUUCUACAAAGAACAGAAGCGGCAGGAGAAAGCCAUCAAGAGGCGGGAGGCGUUAGAAAGGGCCAAGCGCAACGGCAGUAUCGUGUCCAUGAAUCUCAAAGAUGCCUUCGCGCGUAGUAUGGAGAUCAUGGAUGUCGUGGUUGAGAAAGGAGAGGAUAAAACCACCAUGGACAACCACCUGUCACCGAGGCGCUGGGGAGGAUCCACCAGGUCAGCCACUUCGGAAACCAACCUCAAGUCGCCAGAUAAGAGGGCCUCCGGAAACGCGGUGGCGGCGCCGAAUUCCCCCCACCGGAUCACCAUCACCACAACCGGGAGUCCGCAGUGGACGAGCCGAACCCCGGAGCACCUCAACGUCCAGAAGUUGGAGGAGCUGUACAACCAGAUGACCAAGUCACAGUCCUUCACAAACCUCCACACGGCUAGCUCUAUUAGCACUCUGAGCACCACCAUUGCCGGUGCAGGCUCGCCUAAAAGAUCCCACAGCCCUGAGCCCACGCUAAAGGAGGAGCUGGAGAUGAAAGAGGUGGACGGAGCCAAGACCAGACACCUCCAGGUGCCUUCGCCUCUCCAUCGGACGGCAGUUCAUCUUUCUUCGGAUGAUUUUUACCAAUCUGUCAACCGAGGUGACGGUUCGGAACUCCAUAUAGAAGAAGGUGAGAGUUUCAGCACCGCCGUGGAGAAUAUUCAGAAAUCUCUCCGCGGGAACAACCCUCUAACAAUCAAGGUGGGAAAGACAUCCACCGAAGGCCCGCCGACGCCCCCUAGCACCACGUCUCCUGGUGACAUCAGCUCCAGCAUUGUAGAGGAAGAGUCGCCAGUAGGAGAGAUGUCGCCUCUCAUGGCCAGCUCAGAGGCUCUUAUCCAAGCCGAAGAGGACGAUGACGAGGCGGGGGAGGCCGGACCGUUGGUAGACACCCCGCCCGGAGACGAGGUCCCGUCUUCGGAGGUAGCAGGUGCUACCGGCGUGCCCCGUUCGCCCAAGACUCAAAACUGUAACCAGGGCGUGUUAGGUCCGGGCGACGGGGAGGUUGAUGAAAGUGGACACAAAGCGGAGAACCACAUUUUCACGCCAGACAUCCACCUGAUACCCGGGGACAGCGGGCUCUCGCCCACCUGCGAGACCAGCAUGUGA